AUGUCCUGUUCGGCAAAAGCUGCGUCGGCUUUGACCUGCAUGAUGACCGCGCUUCCCGUGCUGUUCGUGUCCCACGGUGCCCCCACCUUUGUGCUGGAGCCCGGAGUCGCCGGUGCCAACCUGAAUCGCCUCGGCCGUCGCCUAGUCGAGCCAACCAAGCCCUCGGCCAUUGUCGUCGUCUCUGCCCACUGGCAAUCCUCGGGCCUCCGCGUGUCCGCCGCUCCCAUGCCAGAGACCAUUCAUGACUUUGGCGGCUUCCCUCGUGAAAUGUAUGAAAUGCAGUACCCCGCGCCCGGCGCCCCCGACCUCGCCAACAAGAUUGUCGGCCUCUUCAAACAGGCCGGCAUCAAGGCCGACAUUGAUCCCCGCCGUGGCCUCGAUCAUGGUGCCUGGGUCCCCCUCAAGAUGCUCUUCCCCAAGGCCGACAUUCCCGUUCUCCAAGUUUCCAUCCCUUACUCUUACAAGCCUGAGCAAGUCUGGGCCAUGGGCCGCGCCCUCGCCCCCCUCCGCAACGACAACAUCUUCCUCAUGGGCUCGGGCAGUAUCACCCACAACCUCAUGGAGUGGCGCUCCCACACGCACGGCUCAAACGCUCGCUAUGCCGUUGAUUUCGAAGCCUGGGUCCGCAAGAAUGUCGUCGAUCACAACAAGGAUGCCCUCUGCAACUACCUGGACAACCCUGAUGGUGCCCGCGCCCACCCCUCCCCUGACCACUACCUGCCCCUCCUCUUUGCGGCCGGUGCUGCCAGCCAAGACGGCAAGGUCGAGGUUCUCGAAGGUGACAUGCGCUUCGGCAUGCUCUCCAUGGAUUCCUUCGUGUUCCACUAGACGCAACACACACUAAAAUAGGACUGCAUCCCCAGUCUCGGGCCGGCCUGCACAUGCGCGCCUGUGCUUUUGCUAAAUUUUCCAGAGUGCCCUGUCAUCCUUCGUCUUCUUUUUUUCUUCCCCCGUCCACUCUCUUUGCCCCAUGUGCUUCGAUUUUGAGGGAGAGCAGUGGAUACCGUCUUUCUCAUCCCUUUGCAUCCCAUGCUCACUCAUCCUUGACCGCUGGUCGGUCGCCUGGCCUCUGGAACCGGGAUAAUCUCAUUCUCCUAACUUGCAUUCUCUUAACUUGUGUGUUUUGUCGUCCGCCAUCAUGCAUUUCACCCCCGCCCGUUCCUUGUGUUCAAUUCAAGCCCUGAUCAAUCAAUCGAUAUGCCUGCC